AUCAGAAAUAUGUACUUGGAGAACAAAGAUGGAGGAGUCAUUUCCAGAGAGCUAGAAAUGGAAUUAAAUCAAACAUCAGCUCCAGCUCAUGCAAAUGUACAUGGACAUACGGGAGCUGAACCAAUUACUGGCAACUUUAAUGAGCUGAGGUUGCUGAAGGAGUUCUGCAGGAUAGCAGCUGUUCAAGGGGAGUCCCAGAAAUCUUCUCCCCGUGGAACGGAAGAGGACGACUGCUGUAUUGCUUUGGAUGAUGGCUUUGGCCCACUCCUAAUGCAAGAGAGAUCCCAUUUUACUCUACCCAAAUUCUUCAGUUCUAGGUCCAAGGACAGCUGCUUUACUGAAAAGACUCCUUUGUUGAAGACUUCUUCAGAAGAAAAUGGGUUACAAUGCAUGACUAUUUACCAUUCAGUUUCCCUCAUGGAUGAUGAAUCUUGGGACAGUAGCGCUGCUGACUGGGAGCAAAGAUAUCUUUUAGGAAAUGAAAUUGUCAGCUUCUCCACAUCUGCUUCCUCAGAGAAGAGUGAAUUUCUGGACGGUUUUCAUGUCAAAUUCAAUUUAUCAAAACUGAGAAGCUGCUUAAGAUGUCUGAAAGUCACAGGCCUUUUUAUCUUUGGAGUUGUAUGUUCUAUUUUAUUCAGCACAUAUCCAGAUCAUGGAAAAUCCUGGCAGAUGUUGGCUGUGUCACCUCUGGAAAGCUACUCUGUGAAUCUUACAGAUGUUGGUGACUCUGCUCUCCUCAAGUUAGAGCUGGCAGGGUCCUUGAUAGCUGGUGUGGUUAACCGGCCUCAAGCGGAAGAACAUAUUGUGGUUGAGGUUACUUGGUCAGAAGACCCUGGCUCCAGAAGAAGGCGCCCACAACAACAGGUCAUCUAUAACUGGACCAUCUUUUUAAAUUCUAGAAGAAAUGAACGAGCUGUUACUUCAAGGACUUUUGAGACAAUUACCAGAGAGACCAUUUCAAUAAAUAUUCGAGCCUUCCUCCAGAAAAACCAGGUGAUUCCCCUUUCAAUGGCUCAUCAAUACCUCCAUGCAGACAUAGAGACCCAAGUAACCAUUGCAUCAGUCAUUUUGGUGGGAGUCUAUUUGCUGAUCAUAUUUGAGAUUGUUCACAGAACUCUGGCAGCAAUGUUGGGCUCCCUUGCCGCAUUAGCGGCCUUAGCUGUUAUUGGUGAUAGACCCAGCCUGGUCAGAGUGGCAGAGUGGAUUGAUUAUGAGACUCUGGCAUUAUUAUUUGGAAUGAUGAUCUUAGUGGCCAUAUUUUCAGAAACUGGAUUUUUUGACUAUUGCGCAGUAAAAGCAUACUGGCUGUCUCGAGGCAAAGUGUGGGCCAUGAUCAUCAUUCUGUGUCUCAUUGCUGCAUUCCUUUCAGCAUUCUUAGACAAUGUCACCACCAUGCUGCUCUUUACACCUGUUACCAUAAGGUUGUGUGAGGUGCUCAAUCUUGAUCCCAGACAUGUCCUAAUAGCAGAAGUGAUUUUUACAAAUAUUGGAGGAGCUGCCACAGCUGUUGGGGAUCCACCAAAUGUGAUUAUUGUUUCCAAUCAGGAGUUGAGGAAGAUGGGAACGGAUUUUGCUGGAUUCACAGCCCACAUGUUCAUUGGAAUUUGUCUUGUUCUCUUGGUCUCCUUUCCUUUCCUGAGACUCCUGUACUGGAACAAAAAGCUUUACAAUAAGGAACCAAGUGAGAUUGUCGAACUGAAACAUGAAAUCCAUGUUUGGAAGCUGACAGCACAACGCAUUAAUCCUGCCAGUCGGGAAGAGACAGCAGUGAAAUGCCUCCUCAUGCAGAAGGUUUUAACGUUGGAGUUUUUGCUCAAGAAGAAGCUCAAAACAUUCCAAAGACAAAUUUCCCAAGAAGACCAAAACUGGGAGACAAAUAUCCAGGAGCUACAAAAAAAGCAUAAGAUAGCAGACAAAAUUCUCCUCAUCAAAUGCCUGACUGUGCUGGGAUUUGUUAUCUUCAUGUUCUUUCUCAAUUCAUUUGUACCAGGCAUUCACCUAGAUCUGGGAUGGAUUGCGAUUCUGGGGGCUAUCUGGUUACUAGUGUUAGCUGACAUCCAUGACUUUGAGAUAAUACUACACAGAGUGGAAUGGGCCACCCUUCUGUUCUUUGCAGCGCUAUUUGUCCUAAUGGAGGCCUUGGCUCAUCUCCACCUGAUAGAAUAUAUUGGAGAACAGACAGCUUUGCUAAUAAAGAUGGUUCCAGAAGAUCAGCGCCUCACUGCUGCCAUCAUCUUAGUUGUCUGGAUCUCAGCUCUGGCUUCCUCCUUGAUCGAUAAUAUUCCAUUCACAGCUACCAUGAUUCCUGUGCUUCUCAACUUGAGCCAAGAUCCAGAAGUCAGUCUCCCUGUUAAGCCGCUCAUCUUUUCGCUGGCCAUAGGAGCCUGCCUUGGAGGUAAUGGGACAUUAAUUGGUGCCUCAGCCAAUGUCGUCUGUGCUGGAAUUGCAGAGCAGCAUGGAUACGGCUUCUCUUUCAUGGAAUUUUUCAGAUUGGGCUUCCCUAUGAUGCUUGUCUCCUGCACAGUUGGGAUGUGUUAUCUGCUUGUUGCGCAUGUUGUACUUGGCUGGAAUUCCUAAGUCAUUUGUCUCUUGAAGACCAGUAGGAAUCUGAUCAACCGACCGACAUCAAGUACAUGACCAUGCUGAGAAAACUAUUUGGAGAAAAAAAAGGGACUUAACAGAGAUACAUGAUAAGAGUCCAUACAAUAACUGGCAGCAGAUGCCACGUUUCUUUUGAUGUUUUUCUAUUCUGUAACCCUUUAAGCAAAGUUUAAGUGUAAAAUAAUUGAUGACCAAAUAGCAUCUGGUUUUGUUUUUGUGCAAAUACAUGAAGUGAAUGGACUUGUAUUUUUUCAGAGCCACCAAUACAAGGGAAUAUACAUUCCUUAAAUCAUGUUACUGAGCUCUGUGCUUAAAGCCAGGAACAGAAAAACAAAAACAAGAUUCAAAUUGCUUACCUUUACUUUGUCAAGUAUUUGCUCUUUAAGUCUUGUUUGUCCUUAAGUAUUCACCUUUUCAUUUUAAAAUAUCCGAUAUUCAAAGUAUAUAUUAUAAUGGUAAGUUUUCUUUCCUAAAAAGAGACGUAAAAGUUAGAGAGUAAUGUUACAUAUGUUGCACAAAUAAACAAUUCCUCUUUCCCCAAAAGACAUGUUGGGGUUGAUUUCUUAGUUCCUUCACUAGUUGAUACAUUAGAUGAUGACAAUUUAUGCUUUACUUGUCCCUAUUGUUUUGUUUUGUUUUGUUUUUCUUUCUGGAGGAAAUUUUAAGUCACUGAUUAUUUUCCUGGAAGCUGGAAGACUGAAGACUAUGUCUUGCAGGUCAUA